UUUAUGAGGGUGGAGCCAGGUGACUCCAAUGUGUUCCCUCGUCUGUCCCUUUCCCUACCCAGCAGGAUGUGCAUCCCAGCAGCCUAGCCUGACAGUGACACGCUGCAGACCUUAUAUCGGAGGGUCAACCAGCUCAGCAUGUCUACCUACACAGAGGCUCCGCCACCGUCCAGCACUGUGCGGCUGCUGGCAGCGCUCUUCUUUGCGGUCACCUCGUUCCUAACUAUCCUGGCAAACAAGACCGUGCUCACCGCCCACAGGUUUCCAUCUUCUACAUUUCUUGGAGUUGGUCAGAUGGUAUUCGCAAUACUUAUACUGUACGUGGGAAAGAUGAAAGGCAUCUUCACAUUCCCAGAUUUUAACAGAGAGAUCCCCAGGAAGAUAUUUCCUUUGCCUAUAUUAUACAUUGGGAAUAAUUUAACUGGAUUGUCAAGUACAAAAAAUCUAAGCUUGCCAAUGUUUACCGUUCUCCGUAAAUUUUCAAUUAUAUUUACUCUGAUUCUUGAAAUGCUCAUUCUAAGGAAAAGAUACUCAUUAUCUGUUUCACUGAGUGUGUUAGCAAUCGUAUUGGGAGUUUUUAUAGCAGCAAGUUUUGAUCUGACUUUUAGUUUGGAAGGAUACACUAUUGUAUUAUUGAAUGACUUAUUCACAGCUUUAUAUGGGGUUUAUAUUAAACAGAAACUUGAUUACAAGGAAUUGGGCAAAUACGGUCUUAUUUUUUACAAUGCCAUUUUUACAAUUUUACCUACACUGACUUUUACUUUAUUGAAUGGAGAAUUUCAAACAGCUAUACAUUAUAGCGAGUGGACCAGUGCUGCUUUUGUUUUUCAAUUUUUACUUUCCUGCGGUUUGGGAUUUGUGCUGCUUUAUUCAACAGUGCUCUGCAGUUACUAUAACUCAGCACUUACAACUACAGUCGUUGGUGCCCUCAAGAAUGUAAGCAUUGCCUAUAUCGGGAUAUUCAUUAGUGGAGAUUAUAGUUUCUCUUGGUUAAACUUUUUAGGCUUAAAUAUUUGCAUGGCAGGUGGAAUGGCAUAUUCUUUUGCAGUAUUACGGGAAUCCCCAUCAAAGACUUCUAUUUCAGAAGAGCAAGAUAAUACAUUGUCACAAAGUGUUGAAUCACAAACAAAAACAGAGAGUGAAAGACUGUGCUGAUUGCUAAAAUUACCAUUAGCUCAGACAUUUGUAUGAAAGAGUUAAUGUGACUGUUGGAACACAAAUUUCCAUUUGUUGUCCAUUGUUGAUUCUUAAAUGGUGAGAGAUGUUAGGCAUCUGAGGAAUCUGUUUACUAGCUGUACAAAGUAUGGCGAUUGUAGACUGUAUAUUUUACUGGUAUUAAUCAGGUUUACUUGCCAAAGGAUACUCACACCAACUGCUGCCGUAUAGUUACCAAACUUAUUUACUGUAUUCAAAUCAUUUAAGGAUAUGCAAUUGGUAGUUCUGUAUAUACUGUACUAGUUUUUAAAUAUGCUUAUAUUCAUUCAUGGUGCAGUUACCACAAGCAUUUUAGAAAAGCAUUAAUCAUGUGACAUCUGUGUUGGGAGGUGGUUCACUACAUUCAGAUGGUUUGGUACCAAUGCAUGGAGGAACAGAGCAAAGUAUGAUGGGAAGUAUUAUGCCAGUGCCAUACUAAUGCAAAUAAAGAAUUUAUAUGUCAGAAGUAUACCUUAAAA